UCCGAUCUCGCGACACUUGCGUCAAGAUGGCUACAAGGUAGCAGCAGCUGGGCCGCCUUGGAUGCUGCGCGAGGAGGCAGCUGGCAAUCCGCCCCUUGGAAAAGCGCAGCGGAGAGAAGCAGCAGCGGCGGGCAGAGAGGGGAUCCCCGGCCCCCGAGAUGGUAAGGCUCUUUGUCCCCCUUGGCAAGAUCGGGGGGGGGGGAGGUCCCCUUUGAACCCCCUCCUCUCCUGGAGGGGCUGCAGCGAUUGCAUAAUAACAAUGCCCAGAGCCAGACACGCGAGUUGGGCCCGUCCACACGUGCACAGGGGGAGAGUGGAGCCGGGCAGGGAAAGGGGGACGUCGCUGCCCAGAACACACCAAACCGGCUUGCAAUGUUAGGCCCAUGCUGUCUGCACUGGCCGGCAGCCGUGGCCAGGAUCCGAACCCGGGGCCUUCUGCAUGCCAAGCACCUGCUCAGAAUAAACCCAGGUUUCCAGGGGGUUUCAGGGGUGGGAAGAAAGGGCUGGUUUUAAUUCAGAGAUGCCCCCUGAGCGGCUUCACUGCGCAAGGCAGGUGCUCUAACCACUGAGACUCACAGCCCUUGCCUGAAUUUCAACAGCCGAUUUAUACAACUUUUUAAUGGGGUGUUUCAGCUAUAAAUAUGGUGUGCAUGUGGGAUUAUUGUUUUGUUGUUUUGGUUUAACUAUUUACUUUUGUUUGAAGGUUGGUCUAUGAAUGUUCAUAGUAGUAGUAGUAAUAAUAAUAAUAAUAAUUUAUUAUUUAUACCCCACUCAUUUGGCUGGGUUCCCCCAGCCGCUCUGGGCGGCUUCCAGCAAAAUAUUAAAAUACAAUAAUCAAAUAUUAAAAGCUUCCCAACUUGUUUUGUUUUCGUUUAUUUACUUUUGUUUGAAGGUUGGUGUAUAAAUUUUCGUAAUAAUAGUAAGAAUAGCAGUAGUAACAGAAGGUAAUAUUUUGCCUGAACACAACUGCCAGCAAUAUUUGAGUGCAGGGCAUGUUCUGUAGACAAAAGCCCUACAAAUCUUGGCUCGUCUUCCUCCAGCAAAGGGGCUUUAGGGACGCCCUACCUUGCAAAGCUGUUGUGGACUUUAAAUAUAUACAGUGGUGCCUCGCAAGACGAAAUUAAUCCGUUCCGCGAGAGUCUUCGUCUAGCGGUUUUUUCGUCUUGCGAAGCAAGCCCAUUGACGGAUUAGCGCUAUUAGCGCUAUUAGCGGUUUAGCGGCUAUUAAAGGCUUAAAGGCUUAGGGAUUAGCUGCUAAAAGGCUAUUAAAGGCUAUUAAAGGCUUAGCAGAUUAGAUAAAGGGGGAAAGCGAAAAAAAUCUCAAGACUCGCAAGGUAUUUUCGUCUUGCGAAGCAAGCCCAUAGGGGAAUUCGUCCUGCGAAGCAACUUCAAAACGGAAAACCCUUUCGUCUAGCGGUUUUUCCGUCUUGCGAGGCAUUCGUCUUGCGGGGCACCACUGUAUAUGUAUUCAAAUGUCAAAAAAAAGGCCUGCAUGUUGGUUAGAGGACAUCAGUGCUGAUGAUUGAAGGCUGCCAGGGGAAAAAUAAAACGAAAGCAGCUUUUUGAGACAAAUUUUGGCUUCUCAUUCGCCGCCAAAGAGUUCCUGUUUCUGCAGUUUUGCAAAACAACCCGCUUUUGAGAGGGAGAUUCUGAUUUUGGUUGCAUGGUCCCCUCAAUCCUCUAAAGGCUCGUCAUCAUCAUCAUUUUGUUUGCAUUGUCUCUUCCCCCAAAUAAGAGGCCAAGAUCAAGAGCAAAACCCCCGCCUGUCUGAAUAGGAAAUCAGGUCAGCCAGAAAAACCCGAUGUCUGUUUGGCGUCCAAAAGUCAAACCCAGCCCAACUUCUUCAAAUAUCCCUUUAGCCCAGAAACGCUCUUUAGAUGGUUUAUCAAUGCUAAUUUAUAAUGGUUUUGCCCUUCAUGAUUUGAUCUGACCACCACUUCCCCGCAAGAGCUGCAAAAAGUGGAUUAAAAAACCCCAACGGCCAAUUUUUGAAAACCCAAAUAAAGGAAUAUAUUGUGACUGUAAUGAAUUCACUGUAAGGGGGGGGGAAUUCACUCUCAAUCAAUUCAAGAAUGCAAAGAAGCAAUCUUUCCUCUCCUAUUUGGGAUAAUAAUAAUAACCAGCUGCCCCUUUUCACCCCUCCGGCCAGGAGAAGACGCUGCCACCUGAUGCCCCACUUGCACCCCAAGACCUUCGGGCGUCCCCCCCCAGCCGCGCCAGGAGCAAAGCGGAGAAGGAAGAGGGGCCCCCGCCGCUGGUGACCUCUCCCGUGGCCUCUUUGGGGGGUGAGUAGGGGAGGGAAAUCAGGCCUAUUCCCCCCCCAAAAAAAACCAAAGCCAACUUUCUAGUCCUCAUGAAGGCUCAAGGAAGUGGCCUUGGUCCAUCUUGCUCUGUACUGUCUGCACGGACUGGCAGCAAUUCACAUGGGGCGGGGGAUUCCCAUCCCUACCCGGAGAUGCCUGGGGGGUGUGGAGCUGGAGGGGGGGGCCUUCACAAGCCCAGCAGGGACCCUGCCACAAUCCCCAGCCCGGAGGGAGCCACCAAUGACGUCUCUUCUUCCUAGGCCCGGCCAAUUCGGGGGUUUCGGCGACCCACAGCCACCCCACGCCGAGCGGCGGGGGGCGGAAGCAGGACCUGCGGCUGCCCAAGAGGAGACCCCCAGGUGAGCUGGAGGCUGGGGCAGCCCUUUUUAGCAGGGGGGCUAAGGAACGGGGCGCACGGGGCCUAGUUUGGGGGUGGCCCCCUCUCCUUUCUCCCCAAAGGUGGGGCCGAGAACCUUGCCCCUCCUCCCCGGCUCUGCUGCGCAACACCCACAUUUUCCCAGGCUGAGAGCUUUGCCUACGUUUUCCUCCGGCCCCCCACCACUGCCAAGAGGCCCUUGGAAGAUUAUCCAGGGAGGGGAACACGGCCCUCGCGCCGAACAGGAUUCCCAGUUUCCUAUGGAUCCUUUCGGUCGAUGUGUCUUUUGCCCUAGAGAGGACGUGUGUCGGUUGUUCCCAUUUCACAGAAAGGGAAAAUAGAGGCACGGGGCUGUGAGCUGCUCCAGGCGGGGCUGCCAAGGCCUCUUGAAUCAUAGAAUAAUGGAAUUGUAUUGUUGGAAGGGGCCCCCCAGGGGUCAUCCAGCCCAGCCCCCUUCAGCUAAUUCUCUUGCCUCGCCCUAGGGAGACGCUACCAGUGCUCUGGGGACGGCUGCCGCCUGGCCUGCCGCAGCAUGAAGGAGCUGCUGGAUCACAUUCGGGUUCAUUAUCGGCCCACACAGUCGGUGGAGGGUAAGUCCGUGGGGGCGGGGGGGGGGGGAGAUCUCAAGCUGCCUUUGCUCCCUCACACUUUCCACCGCAGUAACUAUUUGGGGGGGGGGGCAUGUGUAAAGUUUUUUCAUUUUUUAAAAUGAAAAUAAAACAGAGAAAAAUUGUAACGAUGGAAAAGAAUCGGAAGGUGAAAAGCAAGGCUAUUGAAAUGGGCUUGUAGAAUGAAUGAUCCCAGCUGCCUCUCCUUUUCCCAGGGAAGAUUUUCCGCUGCUCCUCCCCGGGCUGCUUGGAAUCUUUCCCCAACAUGCAAGUUCUCAUGGAACACAUAAAGGUGCACUACAAGCCCAACCGCUACUUCAAGUAAGGCCAUAUUCUUAUUAUGAUGAUGAUGAUGAAGGGCAGGAUCUAGAGGGGGCCAAGUAAAUCUACUCCCAAAGCUCAGUUUUUUUCCUGGUAUUUUAUGCAUUGUGAUUUGCUAUUUCUAUCCAUGACAGAAGAGUCAUUCUUUAUUAUAAUACAUGUAUACUGUCUAAUUAAUUACUUGCUGGCGUUUGAUUUUGGCGUUUACUAUGGGAUUCUAAUGCAUUAUUGCACAUAGCUUUAUUUGGUAUAAGCUGUUUAUUUUAAAGUCGUUGUGGCUUUUUAUAUAGGAUCCGAUUGUUGUGGUUCGAUGUUUUAUUAUUAAUUUUGUGUGUGUUGGAAGCCGCCCAGAGUGGCUGGGGCAAUUUAGCCAGAUGGGCGAUGAAAUAGUAAUAAUAAUAAUGAUAAUGAUGUCAGGAGCUGCCCGAAGGCGUGGGCGAUGGAGGCCCCCCCUCCCCGUACACCCGUACCUCAAUCCUCCCUGUUUGGAGCAGCUGGGAUUGAGCCGCCAACCUCCAGAAUCAAAAGAUGGGUGUAGCGUGUGGGAACGGGUUCUCCAGAGGUCCUCCAUCCCAACCCCCUGCAACCUGUCCCCCCCCCCCUCCAGGUGCGAGAACUGCAUGACGCGUUUCCGGACGUACCGGUCCCUCUUCAAGCACCUCCACAGUUGCUCCUCCGCCGGAACCGCCGCCGGUGCAGCCGCCGCCACCCCGCCCCUGGCGCCGGAGAAGCCCCUCCCGGAAAAGGAGCCCCCCGGGAAGCUGCUGGAAGUCCUCCCCAAACUGCAGACGGUCAUCCAGCAGCUCAGGAAGGAAGCCAUCCUCCCCGGCGAGAUGGAGGUGCCGGCGGCGGCCCCCGACCCGUUCCCUGUCGGCCCCCUGGGGCCCUUGCCCGCCCUGCCCCCGGGGCCCCACGCCUUCCCUCUGCUGGAGCCCUCCCUCUUCGGACCCCCGCCGCCCCUGGCCAGGUUUCCGGGGCCGGCUCCCCACACGCUCCCGGGACCCUUCCUGCCUUACGUCCAUCCGGGGAGCUACGCCUUGCCUCCCGCCGCCGUCCAGAGCCGCCUGCGGCCGUUCCUGCCGGGACAGGGACUCCCCAUCUCCAACGCUGUCUGGAAGAAAAGCCAGGGUGAGCGGAAGACCUUCCCCCCCCCCUCGCCCCAGGAGGGUCUCUCUGCCCCCCCCAUCGUUACCUGUCUGCCAGUCCAGCGAUUGUGCCCAAUUUGCUCAGAUUUGAGAUGGCCCUAAUCCACGUUUCUAGUCCUCAUGACUGCACCAGGGGGCGGGAAUACUUGAGAGGUUUGGGAACUGCCCUUAAAUGUUUCACUCUGACGGCAGGGUGCUCUCUGUAAGGCUCCGCUCGAUUCGGAAGCUGCAGUCAGGCAAGAUGCUGCAGAGAAAGUGCUUUAAGCAAUAACAGGCGACACGUGGCUCAUAAUGUUCUAACGAAAUAUAUGUAAUCUGUAUUAUUUCACAAUUCUUAAACCAUGGGUAGGGAAACUAAGGCCCGAGGCCGGAUCCAACCCAAUCACCUUCUCAAUUACAUGAGAAGAAUGUGUUCUUUUAUUUCAAAUGCAUCUCUGGAUUAUUUGUGGGGCAUAGGAAUUCAUUCAUUUUUUUUCUGGCCCCCCCACAUGGUCUGAGGGACAGUGGACCAGGCCCCUGCUGAAAAAGUUUGCUGACCCCUGAUUUAAAUCAAUCAAUUUGAUUUAAAUCAAAUCCACCCUGGAGAGAAACCUCCCCAGAUAUUUAGGAAGCUGGCGCAGGUUUCCAUCUCCUCUUAAGCGUAUUUGUCAGUUUGCUCCGGGGCUGAUCCUUCUCUUUUUUUGCGCCCCGCAGGGCACUCCUCCAACAGCCGCAUUGUGUGGGAGCACACGCGGGGGCGCUACAACUGCCUGCAGUGCUCCUACUCGACGGCGUCACGGGAGGAGGUCACCCAGCACGUCGAGGACCACCGCAAGAACCCCUCCCCGCCCGGGCGCCUGGAUGGAGAAAUGGGUGAGCGGGGGGCUGGCGGGGGACCUUCCCUUUGUCCCCGGCACCUGGGGUGGCACAGGAGGUGGCUGGGUUGCCUGGCAGGCGCGGGAGACCCCCGCUCAGGACUACAGCUCCCGUUGCCCCCGGAGUUGUAGUUCGGCAGCGCCCGGUUUCCCCAAAUCCUACUCAGAGCAGAGCCCAGGGGUCUACUCGAGUUUGGCCAAUGCUGGGAUGUAACGUCGGACACCGUGGAGGUUGGGCUACAACUCCCAUCAGGCGGAGGUGAGGGGAACUGUAGUUUGCAGCGCCCGGAGGGGCUUCUCACUGACCUGGCUAUGCGCACUGGGAGUUGUAGUCCAACCAUCUCUAGCUGGGGAGCGCCCAGUUUAGCCAAGGCGAUUUGACUCCCAUCUGUUGGGAUUUUUUGCAGUUUUUAUCAGUUCUGCGUUUCUGCAACAGACAAGUUUUGCUUUGUGAUGGAUUUUAAAUGUCCCUUAAAAACAACAACUGAUGCUUCUCCCUAUUUUCCUCUUUCCUCCACCAGACUUUGGGGUGGGGCUCCCCUCGUUCCACCCCAGACUGACGCCGGAAGUGGAGAACACCCUCUUCUCCCCGCUGUGAGGCUUCCACGGUGCUGACACCCCCCCCCCCCGUUUUGUCACCAUCACCAUCUUCAUCCCCCCUUUUAAGGUGCAGUAAGGAUGGUGGGGGAAUCCUGGCUCCUCCCCACCCCCCAAAAAAGGGGUAGAGGGUGUAGACACCCCCAGGAAGUCUUUCCUCUCCAACCCCCCCCCCCAGAAUGCGUGCGCACAAAUGGAUGGUGUUUGAUGGGAAGGGGGUUGAAAUUUAAUUAUUAUUGAUAUUAAUUUAAUCUAGAACUUUUUCCGGUGCAUUCUUCUUCCCUCUUUUUUCUCCCCCCCCCCCAAAAAAAAGGUUUCUCUUGCUUUAAAGGCAAAAUGCUCAUUCCCCCCCCCCCCCCGUUCUCUUGGUGAGGACACCUCCAGCCCCUCCUUCCCUAAAACCGAUGAUCAGGUUUGCUCAGGUUUGUUAUAGCGGGCUAUUUGCUGCUUUUGCAAAAAAACACAAAAAACCAGAAAUAAAAUGGGAAUUGUACAGAAAAUGUGAGCGAGCCUUCUUGUCUUGGGGUGUGUCUUUUGAGCCCUGUUUUCAAGGGGGGGCAGUGACAAAGGCAAACAAAUACACCUACCUCUUGCCGGGUGGGGGGGCAAGGAACAUUCUUUGUUUUUAAAACCCCCG